AUUGUUGUUGAAAUCACUAGUGUUGUCAUCCACAAUCCAAUCCCAUCCCCCUAUUUGCUUUUGCUUGGCAUUUGUGUCUAACAUUGGAGAUUGUUGUAAAUAAUAUUUGCUUUGUUGUUGUAUACGCUUUACAUAAAUGUAUUUAAAAAUUUUAAAAAUCAAGUUUAUUAAUAAGUGACUUCUAAUAACGUUGUUGGCAAUUGGUUCUAUUUACUGGUUUCGACAAGCUGAUGUACCUCUGACUUGAAAAAUACGAUGGAUAUUCCAGUGCAAAUUGCGGUGAGGCUGAAGCCUCCAAGCUUGGCAGAUUCUACACAAUGUAUUUUCAGCAAUCCAGUUACUCAAAUAGUGAUAACUGAGAGCGGACAAACAUUUCACGUGAAUAGAGCCUUACCAGUAGACUGCACUCAGCCACAUUUGUUUAAUUCCUUUAUGAUACCACAAAUCAACUGUUUUCUUGAUGGCUGUGACACAUCUGUUGUUGUAUUUGGACAGCCUAAAACAGGAAAAACAUAUACUUUAUUUGGUCCAGGUUUUGAGUGCAUUCACAGUGAGUGUGAUCAAGGUAUUGUGCCAAGAUUUCUCACAGAAAUCUUUCAUAAACUGAACCAGAUGCCUGAAAGAGAGUUCAUACUUCAUAUCACAUGGAUGCAAGUUGUCAACAACAAUAUAUUUGAUGUACUUGGAGCUGGCUUGGUUCGGUGCUGUAAUGUAGAAGAAGCCUUCCAAUAUCUGCAGCUGGGAUGGAGGCAAAGAUGUAUGGGCAAUAACCAUACUGUAUUCACUGUGAGUAUGGAACAAAAAUGGGUCGGCACAAAUGGUGUUCUGAAUCACAGGAUGUCUACAGCUAGCUUUUGUGAUUUAGCUGCAUAUCCAGACCCUGGACUGUUUGCAUUAGAGGGCAUUAUCAAAGAACUUUUAUCAGGCAAUCCACCAAAACAAAUUAAUUAUGACCAAUGCAUAUUGACAGCAAUGCUUCGAGACUCUUUUGGUGGACGUGCAUUCACAUGGGUGAUAGGAUGCAUCAGUACAGAGCCUGAAGAUUACCAAGACACAUUAAAAAUUUUGAAUUUGUGUCUAUGCUGCCGGGGCAUCAAAAACUUUGUCACAGUCAACCUGUUUGCAGACAACAACACACCUGUCUAUACGGAAAAGGCUAUGCUUCAACCAACAGAUAAUAACUUCAACUUACAGUUUGCUACAGCUCAGUGGAUUAAACUGGUAUCAAAUGCUGAGGGUCUUUUUAACAAAAUUUUACAGUCAAAAUCUAUUACUGAAGCUGAUAUGAAUCAAGUUAGUGAGUGGUUGUUUUUAAAGGCAGAGUGUGAUGAAUGUUUGAACGGUGAUGUUGGAACAGACAACAAAGAUGGGGGCCCCAAGCAAGGCCUGCCACGAAUAGCUGAAGACACAGAACCAAGUGAACCCAGUGAGUCUGAUGUGGAAUCUGAUUCUGAAGAAGAUAGUCAUUCAGAUACAGUUUUCCAAGAUAAGCUGGAAAAAUUUAUGGAUUAUUUCAGAGAGAAAAAUGAUCAGCUAUUCACAGAGAGAUGUGAGGAGUACCUAAAUCACAUUGAUUCUGAUGAUGUCACACUGUCUGAAAUAAGUGGAUCUCAGUCUUUGCCUGUUAUGACUUCACAGUCAAACUCUGGCCGCAGGAGGACCAUUCAGCCAGGUGAAAGCCUCUCUGGGGCCGAGUUGGAACUUCUCAGAAAAGUAGCUGCCAAAGCAAUAUCCCCUGAAUCUCAGAAGAUCAUUAUGGAAUCUCAUAAAAAAGAUCUUGAUCCAGAACCUAAGCUUAUCGAAAGAGAGCUACUAAAAAUGAUUGAUUCUCCUAAAAUGGAUGAAAUAUGCAAAAAGUACAAAGUGACCAAGGAAAAGUAUACUCAAAAGCAAAUAUUGGCGAGAAAGCUUUCAAAAGAAAUAAGUAGCAGCCAAUCUCAGCUCAAAGAGCUUAUAAAUCUUUGCAUUGCUAAGGAAAGAUUGAUUCAUGACUUGACCAAAUCUGUAAGCCAUAAUACUCACAAUAAAUUAGAUAAGGUUGAAAAUAGUAUUGACCAUGAUGUUUUGAAAGAGAUUAGGAGACAUGAAACAAACUUAAAAACAUAUAAAAAACAGAUAGAACAGAUAAAAAGGCAGAUUCGUAAGGAUGAGAAACGUAAGAACACAUUAGAUGUGGAGCUAGUAAAGGAUAAGUUAAAACUUGACGAAUUGUCAGAAAGUUCUGUUGACUUUAAAGAUGUGAAAACAAAUACUCUGAAACAUUUCACAAAUAGGAUUACUCAUCUGGACAGUAUAUUGAAAGAAAAGACAAAUGAUUUGGAGAGUAUGGAGUUGUCGAAGGAGAAAGAAUUAAUGCUCAGGAAGGAAAUUAAGAAUCUGAGGAAAACAAGGGAAUGUUUACAUGAGCAGAGGUGUAGUCUUGGGCACAAGAGGAAAAUUUACAAAUCAUUGUCUGAUUCAGAGGAAAGGAAAUUGCUUGAAUGUGAAGAGGCUAUCGAGGCCAUAGACACGGCAAUAGAAUACAAAAACAACUUGAUCUGUGGGAAGUCACCAUCAGCAUCAUUGUCAGACUCACAAGACAACAGGGACUCCAGGACACGGGGGGAACAGAUGUUAAUGGCCCGACUCGACAAGUUGUCACAUGAUGAGAUGAAAACAUUGCUGUAUAAAUAUUUCCAAAAGGUGGUGGACCUGCGCAGCGCAUGCGCGGCGCUGGAGGCGGGCGCGGCGGCCGCCAGCGACGAGGCGGCGCUGUGGCGCGCGCGCGCCGCCGCCGUGUGGCGCCAUCGCGCGCGACACGCGCCCCACACCACCAGACACUUCCAAUCCGUGCAUAAGUACUUGGACACCGGCGGAGCGCUGGCACUGGGAGUCACCACGGACUCCGACACAGACGACGCGAUGCGACUCGUCGACCGCAUGAAGCUGCUGGCCCGCUGUCCACCGGCCCCUGUGAUACCUAGUCAAAAUUUACGGCAACUGAUGCCAGCAACAAAUUUACCUGUCGCUAAAGUCACCAAGGAGAGGAACAAACUGGUGAUCAUACAGCAAAAUAAGAAGCAGUGAUAUUUACUAUUUUUUUUAUUUUUACCGUUCAAUUUGAUGCUGAUAAUAAUAUUAUACUUAUUUCUCAAUCACAUUAUCAACUUAUUUAGUGGAGAUGUAUAUAUUUUGUAAAUAAAAAAAAUUGAAUAACUAUCACAUAUAUCACAAUGUUUCUGCUUAAAAAUAUAUAUAGUAUUUUCUAUGAUUGCAAUAUUGUAAAUUACUUAUUUUUUGCGACUCUAUAAGACUGUUCUUAUGUUUUUAAAUAUAGCAAUGUGUAAGUA